UUCACCGGGACACAUGUGCAUGCUGUGAUGCGUGCAAACAGCGUGUCAGGAUAAUACUCUAAAUCGCUUCAUUAGUCCCUGUGCAUUGCAGGAACAACGCAGCAAAGCAAACGCAGGUAGCCUGUCCUGUCUUGCACAGCCGGCGUCGUGCUGUGCUCACUCAGAGACGUGCGAAGGGCGACGUAUAUAGAACGGGAUUUGCUGUCUGAAGCAGGGGUCCCAUCAGCCUGCCCGGAACGUGUAUCUUAAGGCAGCCUGUGGUGAGAUCCUGGAGGCUGAGAGAGGGGCCAGGCGAGAAUCGCUGCCCUAGUUUCAUCCUGGAGAGGCGAGGGGGCGGGGGCCAGGUCGCCCACCUCAAACCCCGCCAGCUGGUCUUCAGAAGGUUUAGGAGCAAACGCUCCUCAGGAGCGGCAGAGGGUUGAGGACCAUUUCCACCAACACACUGGUUUGUUUCUGGCAUCUACUCAUCCUCAUGACUGCAAGGUCUACAGGGGGAAACGCCGCGUGUGCUGGGAUGCAGAUCCGCACGGGACUUCUGCUCUCCGUGAACGCAGACCGGUCCUUCUCAAAGUUGUGAGGGAGUCAUAAGACAUCCAUCCUCCUUUGUGCAUCUCUCUUGUUGAUCACCAGCAACUCGCUGUGUGCAGUGAGACCGGCUCUGGAUCCCCACCGCAGCUCCUCACACCCUGACCAAGACCGCCGGCAUGCCCAGCUGCGAGAGGCUGCAUAAGACAACGAUUCCUCUCUAAAAAAAUAAACUGAAUAACCUCAUCAUUGCCUGCUGCAAUUUCCAUAUGAGAUUGAGCAGAAUUAGGCUGGGUUGGCCCAGACCCCCUCGCAUUCAACUUCACUCAGUCUGAGUUCUAGCCUCUACAGACAGGAAGGAAGAAUCUCAAGGACUUUGAGGACACCAACGGGGGUGUUAUUUGUCUCGGAGCAGCUAGUGGGCUUGCGCCAGCAGCCAUGCAGGUGUCCUUUGCAUGUACGGACCACGGCCUCAAGGCCCCUCGCAAUGGGGAGCACAGCAAGCAGAACGCCACCAGCCCCAACACGACCAGCCACGCCCGAGCCCGCUUCCGCACGGUGGCCCUGAUCGCCCGCAGCCUGGGCUCCUUCACCCACCGCUACCACCACAACCUGAAGGAGUCCACCGCCAAGCUGACCGGCAUGAAAUACCGGAACCUGGGGAAAUCUGGUUUGCGUGUCUCCUGUCUGGGUCUCGGAACAUGGGUAACAUUUGGAGGUCAGAUCUCCGAUGAGGUGGCAGAGCAGCUUAUGACCAUCGCCUAUGAGAGUGGGGUCAACCUGUUCGAUACGGCCGAGGUCUACUCCGGGGGAAAAGCAGAGAUAAUCCUGGGAAACAUAAUCAAGAAGAAGUGCUGGAGGAGAUCCAGCCUCGUGAUCACCACCAAGCUCUACUGGGGAGGAAAAGCUGAGACUGAGAGAGGCCUCAACCGAAAACACAUCAUCGAAGGUUUAAAAGGUUCCCUACAGAGGAUGCAGCUGGAAUAUGUGGAUGUGGUCUUUGCUAACCGGACGGACAGCAACACUCCUAUGGAGGAAAUUGUGAGAGCCAUGACUCACGUCAUCAACCAAGGCAUGGCCAUGUAUUGGGGAACAUCUCGCUGGUCUGCCAUGGAGAUCAUGGAAGCCUACUCUGUGGCCAGACAGUUUAAUCUGAUUCCGCCGGUGUGCGAGCAGGCAGAGUAUCAUUUUUUCCAGCGGGAGAAGGUUGAAACUCAUCUUCCCGAGCUCUACCAUAAAAUAGGUGUGGGUGUGGUCUCGUGGUCUCCUUUGGCCUGCGGAAUAAUCACUGGAAAGUAUGAAAAUGGCAUCCCAGAAACCUCCAGGGCUGCGAUGAAGCCAUAUCAGUGGUUGAGAGAGAAGAUAACAAGCGAGGAUGGAAGAAAACAGCAAUCCAAACUAAAAGAACUGACUCAUAUCGCAGAAAAACUAGGAUGCACCUUGCCACAGUUAGCCAUAGCCUGGUGCUUGAGGAAUGAGGGAGUCAGCUCAGUGCUUUUAGGGGCCUCCAAUCCCACGCAGCUGACAGAAAACCUGGGAGCCAUUCAGGUAAUUCCAAAGAUUACAGCAGGUCUUGCCUCAGAGAUGGACCAUAUCCUGGGCAACCGUCCACACAGUAAAAAGGACUACCACCAUUAGGAUGGACACUUUCGACUACACUAUGCUCAUAAGGCUUUUCAAAGCUCACGUUUCACAGCCAUGGCACCAUAAGUGCGUGCCCACGACUGCGUGUAUCUGUGGAGGACUGUGUGAUUGUACUUGGCUCUUUCAACUCAUAAUUGUGAAGUGGGCUACAUGACGACAAAAGCGUGCAUGCAAAAGCAGCCAGUAACCCGAGUGAACACGAUCUGGAGGAUCCAUCGAGACAAUUUCCUGCAUUGAAAAAAAACAAAAAAAAAAACUCUCAUCUACAGCAGACUUUGCAGAAGGUGCUGAACCAUGUAGUGCUGGAAAACUAAUACAUGUAGUUGUUGAAAUAUUCUGCAUAACAUGGCUGUCAAUGCAUGUCGAGAAAACCACAGAGGACUUACUUACCUCUUAGCAUCCAAUUAAGUAUACCAGAGCACUAUGAUAAAGAAAAAGAUUAUUUGCAUCAAAAUGGACCUAAUGCUAGAGAGAUCUAUUUUGCUUAGUGUAUUUAUUGUGAAAACAGUAAUA